CACUUCCAAAUCUUCCUAUGACCACCGAUCCUCCACUGCCGCGAGUCACCAUUCAACUCCCGCCAACCUCACCUCCGGUCGCCACAAAUAUAAUACUCCGUAUGUAUAUAUAUACAUACAUAUAGGACUUGUAUAUAAAGUGUUUGCAAUUAGGGUUAGGGUUUAGUAUAAGUUCAGGCGUUAUAAAUGACCAUCCGAAGCAAUCUUCAGAGCAUUUAAAGAUCUUCAUUUACACAACCUAUAUAUACACAAGCACAUAUAUAGCACGUAUAUUUAUAUAUUUAUUAUUAUUAUUAUAUAUACAGAUGCCGUUGUUGAGGCGUAGAAAGGGCUCUGAAACCGAGAAAGCUUCGAAUUCGAUUGAUAAAGAGGACGACAAGCUAAAGAAGAGUAAGAAAGAGGGAAACGAGAGUAAGAAGAGGGAUUUGAAGAAGUGGUCGUGUGUUGAUAGUUGUUGUUGGUUCAUUGGGUUUAUAUGUUCGAUUUGGUGGUUCUUGUUGUUUCUAUACAAUGCUAUGCCAGCUUCCUUCCCUCAGUAUGUUACCGAGGCCAUUACAGGGCCUUUACCGGACUCUCCAGGAGUGAAAUUGCGGAAAGAAGGGUUGAAGGCGAACCACCCGGUGGUUUUCGUCCCCGGGAUUGUUACCGGCGGGCUCGAGCUGUGGGAAGGUCAUCAAUGUGCAGAGGGAUUGUUUCGAAAGAGGCUUUGGGGUGGUACAUUUGGUGAAGUCUACAAAAGACCACUCUGCUGGGUUGAGCACAUGUCACUGGAUAAUGAAACUGGGUUGGAUCCCUCUGGUGUAAGGAUCAGACCUGUAUCUGGACUUGUGGCGGCUGAUUACUUUGCAGCAGGUUAUUUUGUGUGGGCAGUUUUAAUUGCAAAUCUGGCUCGCAUUGGAUAUGAGGAGAAAAAUAUGUAUAUGGCUGCAUAUGAUUGGAGGAUUUCAUUUCAGAACACGGAGGUACGCGACCAGACGCUAAGCAGGAUAAAAAGUAAUAUAGAACUUAUGGUUGCUACAAGUGGUGGGAGAAAAGUGGUCGUGAUUCCACAUUCAAUGGGUGUUCUGUACUUCUUGCAUUUUAUGAAAUGGGUUGAGGCACCUGCUCCAAUGGGUGGUGGAGGUGGAUCAGGCUGGUGCGCUAAACAUAUAAAGGCAGUAAUGAAUAUUGGUGGACCAUUUUUAGGCGUCCCAAAAGCAGUAUCUGGAUUAUUCUCUGCCGAAGCCAAGGAUAUAGCUUUUGCCAGGACUAUUGCACCAACUGUAUUGGAUAAGGAUGUAUUUGGUUUUCAAACUUUACAACACGUAAUGCGAAUGACUCGUACAUGGGAUUCAACUAUGUCAAUGAUACCAAAAGGUGGGGACACCAUCUGGGGUGGCCUUGAUUGGUCACCAGAAGAAGACUAUCAGUGCAAUGCGAAGAAGAUGAAGAACAAUGACACUCAGACAAUGAGACAAAAUGAAAAAGGAAGUUCAGGUAAUGCAAAACGUGUGAAUUAUGGAAGAAUAAUAUCAUUUGGGAAGGAUGUUGCUGAGAUAGAGUCAUCGAAAAUUGAGAGAAUGGAUUUCAGGGGUGCUGUUAAGGGUAAUAACCUUGCAAACACAACAUGCCGUGAUGUAUGGACCGAGUACCAUGAUAUGGGCAUCGAGGGUAUCAAGGCUGUUGCAGACUACAAAGUUUACACCGCUGGAUCCAUCUUAGAUCUGCUUCAUUUUGUUGCCCCGAAGAUGAUGAAGCGUGGCAGUGCCCAUUUUUCGUAUGGAAUUGCUGACAAUUUGGAUGACAAAAAAUAUGAGCAUUACAGAUAUUGGUCCAACCCCUUAGAAACAAAAUUACCAAAUGCUCCAGAUAUGGAGAUUUUUUCUCUAUAUGGAGUUGGAAUCCCCACUGAGAGGGCAUAUGUUUACAAGUUGAGUCCUGCUGCUGAGUGUUACAUUCCAUUUCAGAUUGAUGCCUCAGCCGACGGCGAAGGCGAGUGGAGUUGUUUAAAAGGUGGGGUUUUUGCUGUUGAUGGAGAUGAAACAGUUCCUGUUCUAAGUGCAGGUUUCAUGGCUGCAAAAGGUUGGCGGGGAAAAACACGAUUUAAUCCUUCAGGCAUUCCUUGUCACAUAAGGGAGUAUAAUCAUGCACCUCCAGCUAAUCUUUUAGAGGGCCGGGGAACCCAGAGUGGCUUGCAUGUCGAUAUAAUGGGGAAUUUUGCCCUGAUUGAAGAUAUUAUAAGAGUAGCUGCAGGAGCUACGGGGGCAGAUUUAGGGGGUGAUCGAGUUUACUCUGAUAUCUUCAACUUGUCUGAAAAGAUCAACUUACAACUGUAGAUUUCAUCGGUGAGGUAUCAAGCCUUCAUAGUUCAUUCUUCAAGGCACAGCUGAUGAAUGACCUGGGGCUGUUGGAUGUGGUGGUUUGGCUUUUGUGCUUGCAAUGGAACCUCCUGAUAAUGAAGAAUGUGCAGCUGACAAAACCUAUCAAGGUCUCUGUUGUUGUUAUUUUCAUGUACUUUUAACUUCUAUUGUUAUGGUAGCAUGAAAAUUGGCACCCACAUUGUACAAGGCUCCUGCUACUUUUAGGGUGCUAAAUUUCAAAAUUUUACAGGAAUUUUUUAAUGCCCACCCAAUUUAUUAUUCAAAAAUGUAAGUAAAUAUUAGUUUUUAAUGGUUAAUGUAUGUUUUCCUUCCUCUGAAA